UACAACCAGGAGACACAUGAGCGUGUUGUCGACGUUGCAAAUAACGCGUUUGAGCCAAUCGAUAGGGUUCUCCCAUGGCAGAGGCUUGAGACCGUCCUCAGCGUCUACAUCGACAUGAUCGAGUCCGAAAAAGUUGUCUGUCUCCACAGUGAUGUCGGGCAACCCGGUGAUGCAAAGUGUAUGCUGGUGAACGACGAGCUUCAGUGGGUGUAUACUCAUGAUCGGCCAGAUACAAUAUUCGCAGAUCCAGUGACUGGAGUCAAGCGAAACGAGAAUGUCAUGUUUGGACCUUGGAUCGUUCAGCCGUAUAUUCUUGUUAAUGCCGCUGAAAAGAAGACGACACCGAGCUCCGCCGAUAACAAAGAACUGCUGUUGAGAGAACGACAACGUCAGACGACCAAGGAUGUAGAGUCAGGUCAAGUAGACGAAGCGCUCGAGACAGCUGGCGUCAUCGCUCGGAGACCUCAGUUUAUCUUUAUUGCGCCAGGACUGCAGAUUCUGACAGCGAAAGCUUUUGACGACCAGCCUUUCAAGAAGAGUCCGAGAUCAACGCAAACUAAUGCAGACAUUCAGAAGAAGAUGCCCAUUCUCCUUCUUAGAGAUGCCACACGCUUGCUUUUGCCUCUCUCGGUAGGCGGCGAAGACACAUGGGCACACACAAGCAACGGCAUCGCGAUUGAUGACAAGCACGAUGAUCUCUACCAACUUGGAGAAAAUCCAUUCGUGACGAAUCUCGGUAUCUCAUUGCUCGCGGUGUUGCAAACUUUCUACGCUCACGUUCGUCAAGAAAACUGGUCCAUCGAUGAGAACCGUGUCAGCGACGUCAUUGACAAGUUCCGCAAAGCAGAGACUGAAGAGUAUUGCGACAAUAUGUCGUGCCAAUGGCCUGGCGAGUACUGG